AUGUUACCUGAAAGCAGGUGAGUUACACGGAAUAGCUAGCUGGUGAUUAGAGGUGGUUGCUAUACACACUAUAUACACAGUAUAUCCAUCCAAGCAUAUUGAGGUAAAGAUACAAUGGAACCCAUAUUUACCAAUAUAGUCUGUUUUACAGCUCAAUGUUGCAGGUUUUAUUUUACCUUAAAGUUUAUAUGGUCAUCCCCAGGUGUGCGGAGACUGCCCCCUCCUCAAACUGGCAAUGCAGGUUUAACCCUUCCAUAUUAUCAUUCAUUUCUAUCCAGCUAGGGUGGUGGUUAAUUCUAAUUAAUGGGUUAAUUGAGUAAUAGUGAAGUGUGGGUUCCACUUUAUCACUGCUGUUUAAUGGGGGGUGUAUUGGGGUGCCAUGGAGAGCCCUAGAUUACGUUAAACUGAGAAUGACACCUAGACCCUUUAGACAAUGUAACCCAUACAUUGAGCUCUAAUUAUACGCUUAGCUGUAUUGCUUAUGGUGCGUUACCUUUAGCGGUAACCCAGAAUUGGCCAUGGAAUUGUAAAGGGUUACUUUAACCAUUUGGAGCAGGGGACCUUUCCCUAUUGGGCACUAUGUAUAUAAGAUCCUCCAAUCUGAUUGUAGUAAAACACGUAAUGUUAAUCGGGCGCGGGAUCGCGCUUCUUGCAGAAAUGUUUUUUUGGGGUCCUAAUCUAGAUGUUUUUCAUUGGACUAAUCCGUAGGUCCCUGGCUGUUUUGGAAUUCUUAUUCCUGUGAUGUUUUGCCAAUCUGAAAAGGAACACUCCUGGCACCAUAACCUCCACAGACUGCUGUAGUGGAUAUGGUGCAAUUAGUGAUCAGUUUGGCAAUUUACCUGGGGGCUACUGGAGGCCUGUUAACCAUUUACAAGCUGUUACGUUUGAAGUGUGCCAGGCAUCUUAUCUAAGCAUUGCCAUGGUUUAGAGGUGGCUUGUAAUGUAGCACGGUUACUUGAGAGAGGGGGUGCUUAUACCCAGUUAAAUCCCCAGAGUAGAACAGCGCAGUAACUAGCAGAGACAAACGUUUCUAGAGACGUACAACCUUAAUGAUGGAAAUUGCAGCUGUAUAAUGAUUUCUGUGCUCGCCAGGCAGAAAAUGUUACUGUAAUACUAAUGAAUGUGAUCAUUGCAAAUUAUAUCACUACAUUCCUUUAGCUGCCUCCACGUUGAAUCACACAGGCUACAAAUAUCAGCUUUUGGACUAGCUGCUAACAGCAAGCAGAGUGGGGCAAUGUCUGCCAGUCCCGGACCUGCUGUCUGAAGUCAUAGCUAAUAGCGGUACUUCUUGGCUCCAUUUUUGAUCUCAGUUGUCCAUGAUGUAAGAAGAAAGUCGUGUGUUAGAGUUGGUUUAUAUGGAACAUAUUGUGACAGUAAGGACCACCCGCUUUCAGUAGCACUAACUUUCCUCAAUAAGCAGUUACAUAGUUACAUAGCUGAAAAGAGACUUGCGUCCAUCAAGUUCAGCCUUCCUCACAUUUGUUUUUUGCUGUUGAUCCAAAAGAAGGCAAAAAAACCCAGUUUGAAGCACUUCCAAUUUUGCACAAGCUAGGAAAAAAAUUCCUUAUUGACCCCAGAAUGGCAGUCAGAUUUAUCCUUGGAUCAAGCAGCUAUUACCCUACAUUGAAAGAUUAUAUCCUUGAAUAUUCUGUUCUUGCAAGUAUGCAUCUAGUAGCCGUUUGAACAUCUGUAUGGACUCUGAUAAAACCACUUCUUCAGGCAGAGAAUUCCACAUCCUGAUUUGUUCUUACAGUAAAAAAACCUUUCCUUUGCCUUAGACGAAAUCUUCUUUCUUCCAGUCUAAACACAUGGCCUCGUGUCCUAUGUAAAGUCCGGUUUGUGAAUAGAUUUCCACACAAUGGUUUGUAUUGGCCCCGAAUAUAUUUGUAUAAUGUUAUCAUAUCCCCUCUCAGGCGACGUUUUUCUAAACCAAAUAGGUUUAAAUUUGUUAACCUUUCUUCAUAGCCGAUAUGUUCCAUUCCUUUUAUUAAUUUUGUAGCCCGCCUCUGCACUUUUUCUAGUGCCAUAAUUCUUCUUUAGAACAGGUGCCCAAAAAAAGUUAACUUUUAUUAAAACUGUAAAUUAUAUACAGUGUGCUAUUCCAUGGUGUAACUAGUGCACGUACAACACUGCUUCCAUUUUCAGGGUCUUUUAAGGCCUCCCAAAGUGACCUGCCUGCUUGGUGUGUGGCAAACCGGUGGGCAAAGUUUGGAUUCCAAUAUUGUUGAAUGGGUAAGGCAGUGGCUGAGUGACCGGCAACAGAGGGUUGUAGUUAAUGGAAUAUAUUCGAAGAUUGGGCUUGUCACCAGUGGGGUACCUCAGGGAUCUGUACUUGGACACAUUCUCUUUAAUAUUUUUAUUAGUGAUAUUGCAGAAGGUCUUGAUGGUAAGGUAUGUCUUUUUGCUGAUGAUACUAAGAUAUGUAACCGGGUUGAUGUUCCAGGAGGGAUAAGCCAAAUAGCAAAUGAUUUAGGUAAACUAGAAAAAUGGUCAGAAUUGUGGCAACUGACAUUUAAUGUGGAUAAGUGCAAGAUAAUGCAUCUUGGACGUAAAAACCCAAGGGCAGAGUGCAGAAUAUUUGAUAGAGUCCUAACCUCAACAAUUGAGGAAAGGGAUUUAGGGGUGAUUAUUUCUGAUGACUUAAAGGUAGGCAGACAAUGUAAUAGAGCAGCAGGAAAUGCUAGCAGAAUGCUUGGUUGUAUAGGGAAAGGUAUUAGCAGUAGAAAGAGGGAAGUGCUCAUACCAUUGUACAGAACACUGGUGAGACCUCACUUGGAGUAUUGUACACAGUACUGGAGACCGUAUCUCCAGAAGGAUAUUAAUACCUUAGAGAGGGUUCAGAGAAGGGCUACUAAACUGGUUCAUGGAUUGCGGGAUAAAACUUACCAGGAAAGGUUAAAGGAUCUUAACAUGUAUAGCUUGGAGGAAAGACGAGACAGGGGGGAUAUGAUAGAAACAUUUAAAUAUAUAAAGGGAAUCAACACAGUAAAGGAGGAGACUAUAUUUAAAAGAAGAAAAACUACCACAACAAGAGGACAUAGUCUUAAAUUAGAGGGACAAAGGUUUAAAAAUAAUAUCAGGAAGUAUUACUUUACUGAGAGGGCAGUGGAUGCAUGGAAUAGCCUUCCAGCUGAAGUGGUAGAGGUUAACACCGUAAAGGAGUUUAAGCAUGCGUGGGAUAGGCAUAAGGAUAUCCUAACUAUAAGAUAAGGCGAGGGACUAAUUAUCAUUUUAUUAUUCAUAUAGCGUCAUCACAUUCCGUAGCGCUGUACAAUGGGUGGACUAACAGACGUGUAACUUUAACCAGACAAUUGGACGUACAGGAACAGAGAGGUAGAGGGCCCUGCUCAAUGAGCUUACAUUCUAGAGGGAGUGGGGUAUAGUGACACAAAGGGUAAAAGUAGGGGCACGAAGUAGGUUGUUAGAAAAGUAUUCCUUGAGGGCUUGGUAGGUAAAUUUGACAGUUGCAGGAGAGGAGUCAUGGAGGGUGGGGGAUGAAAACCUGCUAACCGUUUAAUUGAUAUGCUUUCUUGAAGUGAGUUUUCAAUGAUUUCUUGAAUGAGUGGAGAGUGGGUGAAAGUCUAACGGAGAAGGGAAGGGAGUUCCACAGAAGAGGUGCAGUCCUGGAGAAAUCUUGGAGGUGGGCGUACGGACAGAGGAUAUACGUAGGUCUUUGGCAGAGCGUAGGGGCCUCGACGGGACAUACUUGUGUAUGAGGGAGGAUAGCUAUGUGGAGCAGCAUUAUGUAGGGACUUGUAAGCAAGCACCAGAAUUUUAAAUUGAGCCCUAUAUCUAACUGGAAGCCAUUGCACUGACUGACAGAGCGGGAUGGCGUGGGAGGUGCGAGUAGACAUGAAAAUUAGCCUCACCGCCGCAUUCAUUAUAGAUUGCAGCGGGGCAAUCUGGGAACACGUAAGACCACUGAGAAGGGGAUUGCAGUAGUAUUAAAAAAAAAUUGGGCAGACUAGAUGGGCCGAAUGGUUCUUCUCUGCCGUCACGUUCUAUGACAAGCUACCAGGGGAGAGACUUAUCUGCAACUCUCACUUGUGGAAACCUGUCUCUCUCUUCUGGUGUCUGUAUCUUGUGGCACGUCUACCAGGAGCCUGUGUCCCUUUCUAAAAUGGAGUCCCCACUUAAAACAGCUGCUGGGAAAUCUGAAACACUGACUCCGGAAGCCUUUUACCCAUUAGACAAAGUCAUUUCUUUUGAUCGUGUUGGAUUCAAUCAUCAUUAUGAAUUUUUCCGUAAUGAUUAUUUUUAGGAAAUACCCAGAAGUAAGAGCUGCAUUUUUUUGCUCUGUUUGAACAUGAUGAAAGAAUGUGCUGCUGUCUAUUGUACAGAUUUCCCUGUGUCUGCAAUACUCUACCACACUGUUUAGCCUGCAUAUUAACACAAAUAUUGUGACAAUAAGGGCAUGGCCUAGCGUGCAAUGUAAACCGAUGCACCGUGAGUGAGCUUCUGGAUCACAGAACCUGUAUCAAGCCUUUGGAAGAAUUUGCUCCAAAUUGAGAAUAAAAAGAAGUCUAUACUGUCUCAGGACCAGGUGGACCAGACGCCACACACAAAAAAAAAACUAGUGAAUUAAACAAGUAUUUCGGGGAAGGAUCGAAGCACGAACACUGGAUGCCAUCUUUGCAUGGCUCACCUCUGCGGAGCCCAGCCCUAUUGGUACAAUCUCUAGGUUCCAGAGAACCACAUAAUAAGGACAUUUUGCAAAACUUACCUUCUAAAGAUGAUCUGGCCUCAAAGUUGGCCCGGCUGGAGACAUUGUUUCAGGGCCAAAUUGCCUCUUUGGCGGGUGACAUUCGCUAAAUAAGGCACAGAGUGGGACAUCUGGAAGAAGUUAGACGCCCUAUCUAAUCUGCAUUGUCUCGACAAAAGACAAAAUACACUGAAAAACAUCUUUACGCAAAUGGUACUACAGAAUAUACAAUCUUGAAAAUAGGGGAAGGCAAAAGAAUUUGCGGAUACGAGAUUUACCUGUGCCACAUGGCACCUCUUAAAUGAGCACUAUAGGGUCAGGAACACAAACAUGUAUUCCUGACCUUAUAGUGUUAAAACCACUAUCUAGACCCCUAGGUCCCCUUUGCUUCCCUAAAGACAGUAAAAUCUUACUUGCAUUAGAGUCUGAAGCUGCUGCCUGUGAACUUCCUCUGACCUCAUCAGAAGUGAUGGCCUGAUCCAAUCACAAUGCUUCCCCAUAGGAUUGGUUGAGACUGACAGAGGCAGAUCAGGGGCAGAGCCAGCAUGGUUCAAACACAGCCCUGGCCCAUCAGCAUCUCCUCAUAGAGAUGAAUUGAAUCAAUGAAUCUCUAUGAGGAAAGUUCAGUGUCUGCAUGCAGAGGGAGGAGACACUGAAUGUUUGGGUGCAUUUUAGGCAGCCAUGACCCAGGAAGGAUCUCUAACAGCCAUCUGAGGAGUGGCCAGUGAAGUUAUCACUAGGCUGUAAUGUAAACACUGCAUUUUCUCUGAAGGGAAUGAUUCUACUCACCAGAAUAAAUUCAAUAAGCUGUAGUUGUUCUGGUGACUAUAGUGUCCCUUUAAGUUUUAUGAAAUCCUCCACCAUUGGCCAAAUCUCAUGGUCCAAUCACUCACUCCUAUUCCUCAAAAUAGCUAUCCCAGACAUUUUGUAAUAAUAAUAAAUAAUAAUGCCAAUGGAAGCCUUAAUCCAAAUAUAAUGCAAAACCAACUGGUGCGUGAAGCCACUGCUGAAAGCAUUAGGUGAUUAUUUCCAAGAAUAUCAAAAUCUGAUACACCUCCUGCCUAUACAAUGGGAGGCUCACAAAUGUGUCCUCCGGGAAAAACUAAAAUUAAAUGGGGGUGCAUCCAACGAGAAGGCUAAACUUGCGGAAGAUAUAAGAAUCACUCUCCGAUACGGACUACCAUGCACUAGUUUCACUGCGAACUGGUUGGAAAAUAUUGUUGAAUUAUAAAGCAAAAAAACCAAAACACUCUAAUGGGUUAAACAACAAUACUUUGCCCAUGGUAACAAAUGCAGAAAACCUUUAGCUAAGACUCUGAAACGAAAACAAUGUAUAUUCCCAGAAAAACAACCCAGUCCACACUACUGAAGAUAUUGCGGAGGCUUUCAGGGAGUACUACCACUCCCUAUAUGAUUUUAAAAGCCGGAUUGCCAAAUAAAAAAUGACUUAAAGGCAUUAACUAGUAAUCUAAUAAAUUCCCAAGACAAACCAUUCUCAGAGGAUGAACUUGAAAUGGCAAUUAAAAAUAAACCGUCCGAUAAAAGUCCGGGUCCAGAUGGAUUUUCAGCACUUUAUUAUAAAUCGUUUCAGAAAGAGUUGAGUCCCUUCUUUCUUAACCCCUUAAGGACCAAACUUCUGGAAUAAAAGGGAAUCAUGACAUGUCACACAUGUCAUGUGUCCUUAAGGGGUUAAAGCAUACCACUCCCUUUCCCCUACCUGCCGACUCCCGGAGCCCAGCCUGGAAGUCAUUAUAACUCUUAAUACUAAACCAUUGAAAGAUCCAGAUGCCUGUGGCAGUUACCUCCCCAUAUCUUUAAUCAAUGUCAGCGUGAAGCUUUUUACCAAAAUGUUGGGCUGCGGGCUCCGGCCGCUCUUGAAGGGCCUAGUCCACCCUGCCCAGAAAGGUUUUGUACCGUCAAGUCAAAGACAAUACCGCAAAAAUUAUAUAUUUUGUACAUUGGCCCAGAUCCUAAAGGGUAUCCUCUAUUUUAUUAUCUAUAGACGCUGAAAAGGCAUUCGGGAGAGAGGACUUGUUCUUCCUCAAGUCGAAACUGGAGAUGUUGGGUAUUGGUCCAAAGUGUAUGCAUUGGAUAUAAUCUAUUUGAAACCGACUGGAAAAUUUAAACUGGCCCUAUACUCACCAGAACAACUACAGCUUAAUGUAUAGUAUACAGCUUAAUGAAGUUGUUCUACUGAGUACAAUCAUUCCCUAAAAACACAGGUAGGGAUAAUCGCUAGAAGAACUGACAAAAUAUAGGCAGCACACUCUAGAUAUAGGGGAUACUCUCAAACCCUAAAAAAAUGAGCAAAAAAAACAGGUUAUGCCAAUGGAUGGAUAUAAAGAUAAAAUGAGUAAAUAAUGCAUAAAAUCCUUGGCUCCACUCGGGAGCUGACAUCAGCGGGGAAGGAGAGGUCACCAGUGCCAAAGGAGUACGGCGCUGGAUUAAGGUGGCUGAAGGUUUUUUUAUUUUUUAUUUUUUUUAAUAAUUUUAAAUUUUUGCAGUGCAUAGUCAUGUAAAAGUCGCAUGUGAGGUACCCUAACGGCAAUCCUCCAGCGUUUCAUAGUUCUGUAUAACAUUGAAGUAUAUGAGAAAACAUGCACAUUUUUUUUUGUUAGGUAAAGGUUAACACAUUGCAUACAAGUUUGGUCAGUUGUGUCAUUAGAGCCUCUUCAGCAUCAGAAAGACGUCUAUGUGGACAUGCUUGGUCAGUUAUGUCACUAGUAGGUUUGAUAUACAAAUAGGUUGGUCCGUUAGGUCAGCAAAGUGUCAACGUUAACAGUGAGGCUACAGUGCAAACAAGCUUAGCUAGUAGUAUGUUAGGUCAUGCUAUAGUAUAAGAUAACUGUAUAGGUUUACGGCAGAUUAUAAUAGUCGAUUAGGAGCAGGAGUCCACCGCAUUAAAUAUGGACUGUAAUGUCCUCUGUGCCAGCGGUAGCACUGCAGUGUGCCAUAAGGCCGCUCGGGUCUUCGCAUUUCCUCAUCCAAUCCCCAGUCUGUGGGGAGGUCGCUGGCCAUUCUGGAGCGGGCAGGCUUUAUGCAGCGUUCUGUUCUCUAUGGGAGUGUGAGGCUGUGCUGCAGCUGGGUGCCAUGUGGCGUCUCUAUGCCAGGAUCCGCCAUCUUGCGGAGCUGAGUAUGUCAAAGUCCCGUUUGCCUGGGCCCCUUCCCCGCUCCCCACCUCCAUUUGCCUUUUGCUGUAUGUUCCCGGCCUCCGUGGGGCGGUAGACUUGCGUUUUGUCUGUGUGCGCUGUUUCUUGCAGGGGGUGCUGUUUUUCCGUCCGCCUGCCUGACGGCGUUGGGUGUUUAUUGGGUCUGCUGGAGUGGAUCGGUGGCGUCGCUGGCUGAUCGAGCUCCAGCGUUCCCAGUUGCCGAGCUCCAGCGUGCCCAGUUGCCGUGCUCCACUUUUGCCCAAAAUCUGGUGAUCAGGCCGAGCUGUGAGAUAUUCUCGGGAGCGUUGGUGAGCCUCCUGGGACUGGGAUGACCACCGCCAGUCCAUGCGUUUAAGGGUAGUUUUAAGCUUGUUGGGCUCAGGAGCUUAUACAACAUGCGUCCGUUCUGCUAGCUAGUCAAGCCCCGGCUGAAGGGGUUUUAACCCAUUCAGCGCCGACUGAGAGGGACACUCAAAGAGCCUCUAGUGCCAGGGAAAAAAGGGUUUGUUUUCCUGGCACUAUAGAAUCUCUUUUAAACUAGCUCUCAGUAAAAUUGCUUGCAGUGGUACAAUCUCCAAUGAUGGAUAUAAAGCUCUGGAGGCCAGUGUCUCAGAGUACAGAUGGUUAUAUAAAAGAGAUAUACAAUAGUUAUCACUGUAAGUACAAAUUUAUAUAAAAAUAAAUGGAUGUAUUUUACUCAUUUGAUAGAGCAACAUAUAGCUCUGAUAUCUGCACAUGGCUGGUAUUAUCCCUACCAGGGAUAUGGUUUGGAGUAAUUGUCAAAAACAUUUAAGUUGGAUGUGCCAGAAACAAAUGAAAUGGUUAAAAACGAUUGCAUAAAAAGUGUAAUAAAUGGUCUAACACAAAUAAGUGAAAACCAAAUCUAUAUUUAAUGCUAAAAGAAAUAAAACAAAUACUACACAACGCAUUUCACCAAUAAAAGGAUUUUUCAAGUGUAAAACAAGUUAGCUCUUGAACUGAGAUAGGCAUUACUAUGUAAAAUAGGCAAAUACCCGUGCAUAUGGCAGCCCUGGGUUUUAUAUAUUAAGGACAAGGGGCAAGGGAUACCACAGAGGUUCCACUCCGGGACAAUCGUUUAAUGCAGCUGGUCUUUCUGGUCCAAGAGCCUGUGUAUAGCCACACUGAUUCUGGUUAAUGCUAACACGUUACUGUGUUGGGUUCCUUUUUACGAUCUAUUUUCCGUUGUCUCUUUAUAUACGUGUUCUAUUUUGUGAGCAUCCAUACCUUACAUCAAUGGAAUACUAGCAUGUAAAACCACUCGUAUGAAAGACUUGAUAAAUAAACUGGGCCCAACAACAUUAAAUCUUGACAUAUGUUUGUUCAUUAACCCCUUAGUGACCAGACCGCUUUUGGGACCAGAGCUGUUUUUAUAUUUCUGCGGUGUUUGUGUUCAGCUGUAAUUUUCCUCUUACUCAUUUACUGUACCCACACAUAUUAUAUACCGUGUUUCUCGCCAUUAAAUGGUCUUUCUAAAGAUACCAUUAUUUUCAUCAUAUCAUAUAUUUACUAUAGAAUGUUUUUAUAAAAUAUGAUAAUUUUGUUUAAAAAAAAAAAAAAAAAACACCUUUUCUAACUUUGACCCCUAAAUUCUGUCUACAACCGCAAAAAAACCCCAUGAUUAAUAGUUUCUAAAUUUUGUCCUCUGUUAUGUUACCAUGUUCUUAGCUUUUUUGGAACGUUAUAGGGCAAUAAGUACAAGUAGCACUUUGCUAUUUCCAAACCAUUUUUUUUUUUCCUUCAAAAUUAACGAAAGUUACAUUGUAACACUGAUAUCUGUCAGGAAUCCCUGAAUAACCUUUCACAUGUAUAUAUUUUUUUUAAAAGACAACCUAAGGUAUUAAACUUGGGAUAUUUUGACUCUUUUCAUGCAACCAUUUUACCACCAAUCUGACACUGCACGCUGGCCGUGAGAUUUACAAUGGGGAGCUGAAGGGAGCAGCUGGGAAGGUAAGUAAGCGCUUGCUGUGCCCCCCACUGCAUAGUCCAUGCCACCGGACCACCAGGGAAUGCCAUAGCCUCCCUUCCUGGCCAGGUAACAUGCAGGAAGGGGGGAAUAAAAAAAAUUAAAUUAAAAAUGCCCCCCCCAUUUUACACAAACUAUAUUCCUAAAGAAACACACACACACUACACAAUGACACUGCAUUCAUUAUAUACACUCUGCAUUCACUAUACACACACACACACUCUGCAUUCAUUAUAUACACCCUGCAUUCACUAUACAAACACUACACACACACACACUCUGCAUUCAUUAUAUACACACACACUCUGCAUUCAUUAUAUACACACACACUCUGCAUUCAUUAUAUACACACUACACACUCUGCAUUCAUUAUAUACACACACACUCUGCAUUCAUUAUAUACACACUACACACACUGCAUUCACUAUAUACACACACUCUGCAUUCAUUAUAUAUAUAUAUAUACACACACACACACACACACACACACACACACUACACAAACACACUGCAUUCACUUUACGCACACUACACACACACUGCAUUCACUAUACGCACUGCAUCCACUACACACACACACACACAAACACACACAGCUCCUCUGUCUAAACAUGCUGCAUCCACUACAUGUGGCAUGUAUAUUUUGUGCAUUUACCUUUAGAAAUAGUUUUUUUUUCAAAAUGGUAAAUGUACAGAAUAUCGGUAAGUUAUUGGCUAUCGGCCUGAAUGUUCACAGAUUAUCGUAUCUGCUCUAAAAAAAAUCAACAUCGGUCGAUCCCUAAUAACAAUACCCCCCAUGUAAACGUUUUAUGGUGUUUUGGAAAGUUACGGGCUUAAAUAUAGGGCUUGUCAGGCAGGUUCCUCAAAUUUAUAAAUAAUAAAAUCGUAUGUAUGGUAUGAUAUAAUGAAAGUUUAGUAAGAACAAAGUUUGUUGAGGUGUGUCGAAACCAACGUGAGGUUAGACCUGUAAAAAAAGGGCCCACCUAGAUAAUAUGAAAUAAUAAAGGGUGCGUUGGGAGGGGAACUUCCGAGAUCGUUGGCGACAGGUAAGGAGGGGCUCACUGGGUUUAAAUAGGACUAAUAGUCCCACAAUUACAGAGACACACACACACACACACCCUAUAUAUGAUUUCAUUAUAAGUGUAUUUAUCUCAAAGUACACUUAUAAUGAAACCAUAUAUAUAUUAUAUAUCUAUAAUGUAUUUAAACAUUAAUUAUUUUAUAAUAUAUUAUACAUAAAUAAUAUAUGUAUAAUGUAUUUAUUUUAUUUUUUGCAUUUACUUUUUAGCAGCCUGGGGGAUUGCCCGACAGCUCAAACAGUCCCCCUGCUGGCAGCUCCAUAGACUCCUAUUGCGGCGGUGAUCAUGGUGAUCACAUGGCUCUGGAGGGCCAGGGUGGCCGGAGCUGCUGCAGGGGGACUGCUGGGGUCGCCGGUCCAGGGCUCCUAUUUGCCUAGUACAUCAGCGGUCCUUAACGACCGAUUUUUGUCGGUCGUUAAGGGGAUAUAUGUGUUUAUUGCGUCAUUCUAAAUGUAUUUUGAUUUAAAUAUAUAUGUAUAUUAAUAUCAAAAUACAGUUAGAACAUAUUUAAACCAGUAUGUAAUUUCUUUAAAAUUAAAAUUCCAUUUAUUUUAAAUUAAAUGUAUUUAUUGAUUUUUAUUACAUACAUACAUACAUACAUACAUACAUACAUGCACUCACACUUAGAAGUUCCUCAAUAGCUGGGUGCCAAAGCCUGGACUCCAAAGAUACAAUGCCAAAAAAGUAGCUGCUCACCGGUCUUUAAAAUAUCAAUUGUUUAUUCAGUCAAAUUAAAAACAGCGACCAACGUUUCAGUCUCCGUUCGUGACUUUCCUCAGGGUCAGAUAACAGGUCCAGUUAUAUAAUUAACAUUAUUCUAAGUGUAUUUUAUUAUUAAUAUAUAUGUAAUUAUAUAGAUUAAUAUUAAAAUACACUUUUAAUAAUGAUUUAUGUAUGAUAUAUGAUCUAAGUAGUUUUAUUUUAUUUAAAAACAUUUUUGCAACUUUUACUAACUUUUUUAAACGUUUGUACAGGCAUUAGGAGGACUGCCUGAGAGCUCAGGCAGGCCCCCUGCUGGCACUGCACAAGCAGUCUAUUCCGGCCAUGUGAUCGCGAGGAUCCCGCAAUCACAUGGCACGGGAGGGCUGAAUCGGGCAGAGGGGGUCUGUCUGAGCUCCCAGGCAGACCCCAGGAUCUUGAUCGCCAGCGGGGGAUUGCCAGCGAUCAGGUAAGUGGGGACUUACUAUCGGAUGUACCAGGUACGUCCGAGGUAGUUAAUGGCCGGCUUUUGUCAAUCUUAUCUGGUACGUGGGAAGGGGUUCCAUUCAUAUUUAAACAUUUUGAAGAAAUCAUGUGUACAAUUGGGUUUGAGAGACACCAUCAAUAUGGUAAUCCAGGUCGCUACGGUGACUAGAAAUUUCACGCGCUGGCAAAUCCCAGGCACCACGGUGAAAUUUCUGGCUCCUGGGAUUUGCCACCUCUUUAGUUAAUGUGGCUGUCGAGGGAGCAGUACUGUUCCUGCAGCUCCCUCGUGCUGCUUAGUGAUGUCGGGAGCCGGAGUAUGAUGUCACUACGGCCCAGCAUCACUACAGAGCGCACGCAGGAAGCAGUGAGGAGCUGCAAGAAGAUUAGACCGCACUGGAUCACAGCGAAAGAUCCACUCAGCUCUCCCAAAGGUAUGAAGGCUGAGUGGGUUUCAAUGUAUACAAAAAUGUGAGCCUGCCAGUGAGCGAGUGCGUUCAGAUACCUUCCGCCUCCGAUGGCAUGAGAGUCUUUUUUACUCCCCCCUUUUCCCACCCUGUGCAAGUUUCGCCGGGGCUGGUCUCACCUCCAUGAGAUUAUCAGUCUUUAUGAUUUCAGCUAAGCUAAUGCUUUCCCUUAAAAAAGCAUUGGGAGGAUUUUGUGCAUGCGCAGCAAAUGUACCAAGCAAUGUGCAUUGAAUGAAUUAAUCUCUAUGAUGAACAUUCAGCGCCUCCAUCCAGGACUCUCUCGUGGCCGUCUGAGUGACUGUCACUAGAGGUGUUAAGAAGCAGCAAAAUAAACAUUGCCUUUUUGCUGAAACGCCUACAGGAACAUGCUAUAGACACCAGACACAUCAAGCUGUAGUGGUUCUGGUGGCUAUAGUGUCCCUUUUAGAAUUGAAUUUUCCUCGUUAAAUGAAACUUUUUUAGUUUAAAAAAAACAAAACUGGCUCCUAGAUUCCAAAUAAACUUCUCAAGCCCCGUUGUAACGUAAAUCUCUUUUCUUCGAAACUUACUAUGAUGUUGUGCUGCAAUUUUCAUUCAAAGGUCUGUAACAUGAUAUGUAUACUGCUCAAUAAAAAUUUAAUGGGGAAAAAAAUAAAUAAAAAUUGUGACAAUGAAUGUUCUGUUCUUCCCCCAGAAAAAGGCAACGAAGUUGUAAUGAAGCCACCCAGUUCCCCCAACCCAAGAGGAGUGCUCAAAACUCUGUGUUGCAGGAGUUGGAGACAGAUGUAAGUAUUUGGAUCGCAAGAUAUGUCUAAACAAAUUAGUCAUCAUUUAUAACAGGCAACAAAACGAAAAUCUUUUUUAAAAAAAAUAUUCAGUUUUGAAACAUUGUAUUAUAAUAACUUAAAAUAUUCUAUAAAAAAACCUUUGACAACAAAAAGAAAACCUCCAGACCCUCGGGGUGUUCAAGCCGCUGGUAGAUUUAAUGGUACAAAAAGAACCGCAACGUUUCAACCUGCUAAGACAGCUUGACAAAACCUUUUAGCAGCUAGAAACGUUGCUGUUCGUUUUGUACCAUUAAAUCUGCCUGCAGCUUGAACACCCUGAGGGCCUGGAGGUUUUCUUUUUGUUGCCUUAUCGUUGUGGGAUUGCUGGUCCUCUUCCAGUGCACUGGGAUUGAGUGUGGCUCCUGUCUGCAUCUUUGUAAUCAUUUAUAACAGGGCCUUGAUUAUACACUGACCAAACUUUACUAUGGUUACAUUUUAGUGAAUUGAACUGUGCCGGCACCUUCAGGCGUACUUGAAUCUUUACUCAAUGUGGGAUAUUAGAUGCCGGUAUGUGGCCAAUGCCGUGUUCAUUAUACCUAACCAUUUUCCUGACGAUAUUCUCAUUGUAUUAACGCUUGAGCGCGGCAAACUAAUUUAGCGCUGUGGCCACCUUAGUUAUGUCAGGUGCGCAUUCCUUUAUCAUGGGAUGAUGGAACUGGAUGUAUUUUAUUCCAUUCUGGUUUUCGAAGCUUGAGAAUUGAUGGGGGUCACAAUAGAAUGCUUCAAUGAAACGUUACUAUAACGGUAUAGUACAGGAAACAGCCCAGAGGUGAGCUAGCACCAGAUGUAGUGUAUUACUGAUAGAUUUUAACAUUAUUUUCUUUUACUUUCCAGUCUUCAGGCAGCGACAGCAGUAACGGCACCUUAAACACGAAUGACUAUACACAGACUGUGGCUGGAUUUGGCCCAGCUACGCCACAGCAAGUCUCCGCACCGGAGCAGUCUGCACUCAAUCAAGGACCUUACGUCCACAUCAAUCAAAUCCUGAAGGAGGCGCACUUCUCCAGCUUACAGCAGCGUUACAAUGCCUCCUUGGUCAGCCAUCUAUGA